AUGCUCCCCUUGUACCUCGCCGUGCGCUCUCGCGGCGGAUUCGCUGCGGUCACCUCAUGGGCGGCCAUCGCCGAGGCGGUAGGCCUCGAACCGGCUGCUGAUGCGCCCAUCAAGCUGGUGUACGCCAAGCAUCUUUGGCUCCUUGAGCAGAGCAUCGGCAAGCCUGAAAGCCAGGACGAGGUGGCCGGGAGCAGUCGCAAUGCGGCCCACCGCUCGAACGCGAAGAAGGAUAAGUUCCUGUCGUCACACAAGGACCACACAAGCGCCGGAUCAGCCCAUCUGAAGCGUAAGAGGGAGGUUCCUCUGCAGAUGCUUAACUGGGUCCGCCUUGUCGCGAAGAAUCCGGGUGAUCAUGGCGCUGGACAGAAUCAUGGCAGCCAACUCUCCUCGACGCUUAUGUUCCGUCGCCUGAUGUUUGAAAAUAUCGAUUGCAGCAAAUUGCCCUAUAGCACUACCUCACCGCAGGUAACUUCUGGCCACAUAGUUUUGUUUUUUGAACUUGAUAAAUGGUAUGCUUGA